UCCUCGGUAUAGUUUCGGUUUGUCCCGAAGUCCGUCUGUCGAGAACGUUGCUCACACUUACCAGGUGCCUACAAGCAUAUGCCCCGUCAUGCUUCCAUUUGUGCUAUAUGGUGUUCUCUCCUGUGCACUCUCAGUAAUAAUAGUAUUUCUGUCCUCUAUGGUAAUACAUAAACCGAGAGGUCUACUGGCUUCCCUGUACCUGCGCGACGCAUCGCAGAAGUUUCGAAGUGCCCGCACGAUAAGGCAGUGCUUGGACAUGUUCUCCGCUUGCCUGAUGAAAUUUGCACCAAUUCAAAUGGCAGUUUUGGUGCAGCUCGACGAGCAAAAGAACCCACGGGUAACUCAGGUCAUCAGGCAUCAAGGUUCUUGCCCACCCAGAGUGGAAGUGGACGAAAUGGUGAUGGCCCUACGAUCACAGCAGCCAGGAUGUAUCCGCAUCAGGAAUGGGCCCGUCACAUAUAUCCACGCACCGCCGUCCAUUAUCCUAGCCCUUGUUACGCCUGAGCAGUGCAGCAAGGAGUUUACGUUGAUUUACUCCCUGACAGCCGACUUUGUACGAGCCCUGUCGCACCUACAACAAAUGAUGUUCCUCAGACAGCUCGUUGUUCGAGACCCCUUGACGCAACUCUUGAACAGGCGCGGAUUCGACCAUAAGUUGCAAAACGCGUUGCUGCUUCCUCAUGCCAGCACACUCGCUUUUGCAGACCUGGACAGCUUCAAGCAGAUAAACGACACCCAUGGCCAUGCUAGAGGCGACGAAAUACUCAUCGGUGUUGCCAACUUUUUUGUGCGAGAAAUUGCGGGGAACUCACGUCGGCGUAAAAUCUUUGUGGGAAGGUGUGGCGGAGACGAAUUCUGUCUCCUUUUUAUCGGCUGGAGUGGCGAAAAAGCUAAGCGCCUGCUAGAGAAGAAGCUGCGAUCUUUACGGGACUGCACAGUCUCUAUGGGGCUGGCCACCUUUCCAAGGCAGGCAAACUGUAUCCAAGAGCUCAAGAGGAAAGCUGAUGAAGCUCUGUACGUUGCAAAGAGAUGUGGGAGAGGCCGAUGCAUCGUUUAUCGUGAUGGUACGGAACAGCUCUAUUGAAUUUUUAGUCACCCUACUAAGUCACGGAAGCACAUCACAGCUUACAUGCCGAGUUGACAAGGGCAUUACGUAGCCCUAGAGGCCACUGUGAUGUAGACACUGUAGACAGGUAGUGUUAAAUAUUUUCUUCACCACCGUAUCGUGAGAGCGUUGGCCAUUUUCUCUACUGCGCGAAAGGACGUCUGUAGAUGGAGGUGCGUUUUGCCCCGAGAGGGUUCCUCUACACCGAGCCAUUCCCUGUACAGUUGAAGAGGGGACAGGCCUUCAUCAGAGCCAGGAUGCCGUGAGGACUGGUACGCAUCUUGGGCACGGUGCAUGAGUGCCUUCGCAUCACCGUCGUCAGGCCUCAGCUGAGCUCCACCAUUGAUGCAACCUGUUAACAAGGUGGAACGUUAUUUCAGGACAUCAAUAAAUAUGUGCUUCGGCUACUUUUCAUCUGGUCACAAAGGACAUCUGAAACGUCUCA